CACGAGUCCUUGACGGGUCCCUCAGGCCCAGGCUCAUGGCAUAUGAUCCUACGCGACGUGUCCUCUUUCGUCAACUUGAAGUUGCUGAUCAUUGAUUAUAGGUCUUAAGUCGUUCGACUGUCACUUAUGACGAGCGUAUCAGCAGGGGGAUCUGCUGCUCAAAAAGCCAAACCUCCCGUAGUACAGCCUGGCACAGGCAACAACAUUGUCAUAAAUCCCAACCAGCGCUUGAAUCCCGUUCUCGAGUGCAUUCGAAAUGUUGGCAAAGAAUUUAGCGAUAUUGUCCCAGACUUCCAGGUGGGGCGCACUACCUGCGUGCUCUUCCUCAGUUUGAAAUACCACCGCCUGCACCCGGAGUACAUUCAUACUCGCAUAGAGAAACUCGGGCAUGCAUAUAAUCUCAGGGUAUUGCUUAUCAUGUGUGACGUUAGCGAGCAUCAGGAGCCAAUCCGGGAGCUUACCAAGGUCUGUCUCAUCAAUAACGUCACCAUCAUCGUCGCAUGGAGCAUCGAAGAAGCAGGGCAGUACAUCUCUACAUUUAAGCAGUUUGAGCACAAGCCACCAGAUCUCAUCAAGGAGCGCGUAGACAAGGACUACAAUGCGCUCCUCCGCACUGCACUCACCAGCAUCAAUAAAGUGAACAAAACAGACGUCGAGACGUUGCGCUCGUCACUUGGACUGACGGGCCAGAGCUUCGCCGACAUAGCCUGCUCCCCAUCUGAUCGCCUCCAGACCUUACCAGGCUUUGGCCCUGUGAAAGUUCGUCGCAUCAAAGACGCCUUCGACAAGCCAUUUCGAAAUCGUGCCACCAGUGCUGUAUUUUCUGUGGGCUCGCAAGUCCCACGGGGUGCCGGCGACGAGGUUGUGGCUACGUCCAAUGGAGAGAAAGUCCUGGAGGUGGCAGAACCUGCCUCAAGCUCGAAAACAAUAUUGAACUCGGUACCUGCAUCAAGCGGAGUCAAGGGCAAAGGAACAGGAAAAGGCAAAGAACCAGCCCAGCUCAGCCAGAGUCCAGUAUGGGAUAUAGAACUUGACCUCAACAGUCCUGCGCCCACCGCGUCUUCCCGGCCUCCGCCUCCACGCGAGCCGUCACCAGUAUGGGAUAUAGAGCUUGACCUCAACGACGACUCGGACGAUCUGUAUGCGGAUGUGGAUCCGCGGCUGGCUGCUAAGAAGGGGUUCGGACAGGCUGGGAACUCAUUGAGC